AUGUUCGAUGAACAUUUAAACUGUAUCAAUCGUCAAUAUCAUAGAAGAAAAGAUGAUCAUCAAUAUCGUCGUCCUUUGGUCGUUAACAACACUUCAUCGAAUUUUCGAUCCACUAUUCUCACCAACAAUUAUCAUCACUAUAUGAAACGUUAUCAACAUCAUAUAUCAAAUUUGUCCUCGUCGAAACAACAAAUGAUGAUCGGCGUUGACCCUAAGCAUUCUAUAGAACUUAUGCAACAACAACAACAAGAACAAACGACGUUGUCAUCUUCAUUUGUCAAUCAUCUGAAGUCCUCUAUUACAGCAGAUUCUUGUUCUGGUAUUUAUGAUAAUAAUAAUCAUUAUCAUCAUCAAAAAAAAAUUAUUUCAUCAUCACGAAUUAGACUUGGCCUACGUUGUUUAUGUCCAUUCAAUGACAAGCAAAGGCAAUUAUUCGAUGAGAUAUUCUCUAAUAAUGAACAGACAACGAACAUUAGUGAACGUAUACUUGACGAAUGUAUAUCACGUUUAACAAAGAAUUCUUGCAAUACAUUACUUAUACUUUGUGGACAUUAUCGAGAAGUUCAUCAACUUCAAACUAUAAUUCUAUCAUCAUCAUUUAUACGCUUAGAUAAUUUUGUUAAUAAUAAUCAAGAUAAAGAUUUAAUUCUUCGUAUUAGUGUACAAAAAUUUUUAAAUCAUAAAACAUCGGAAAUAAAUUAUUUAUUAUCAACAAAAGAUUCUUUGGUUUCAUCUCAAAAUGAAACAUGUCAAUAUUUAAAUAAUCUUUGUUCAAAUCAUCGAUAUAAUCCAUUAUUAAUUACAUUUCAUCUUAUAUAUCGUUCAACAAAUACAAAUCAAGCACAAUUUCAUAUACUUUUUACCAAUGAUAAUGAUAAUGAAAUAGGAAACGAACAAUUUUCUGAUAUUUUUAUGUCAUUAGCAUUAUCAUUCUCGUCAAAUAGACAGAAACAAUCAUAUAAUACAUUGAAAAAGCGUAAUCUAACGAUCGAACAAUCAUUAUCAUCAUUAUUACGUCGAUAUAUAUUAAAUAAUAUAGAACAAUAUUCAGAAAAUUUUUUAUAUUUAUUUGCAAAUGUUAAAAAUGAUAAACAAUUAAAAUAUUGGAUGAAAAUUCAACGUCUAUUUCGAAUAAAACAACAUCGAUUGAAAAUGUCUCAAGAUCGUACUGAUUCAUCAUCUGUUGAAACAGUCAUAAAUCAUAAUAAUGAAGAAAUAUGGAUUGAUGGUCCAUUAAGUUCAAUAAAUUCAAAAAAAACUGAAAUAUGGAUUGAUGGUCCAUUUGAAUAUCAUUCUCCAAUAAAUAAAUAUCAUCGUAAAAAAUCAAAAUCAAAAAUACAUUCAAAAUCAAUUCGUCAACAUACAUCUAAAUCUAAAAAUUCUAUUCUUUUAUCAAAACCAUCAUUUCUAUCAUCAACAAUUAUAGAAAAAGAUAAUGAUGAAUCAUCAUCAAUAACAAAUUUUGAUAAUGAAUCAAUAAUUAGUUCACAUUGUCAUUUACCUGUAUUACCAGUAUUUAAAGAUCAUACAUUAAUACCAUUUCGUUCGAAUGAAUUAUUCGAUAUAAAAAAAUCAUUAAAAAAUGAUUUUAAAUCUAGUACAAAUAAAUUAAAUGAUGAUAUGGAAAUAUUAGAAAAAACACUUGAAACAUUAUUAAUUCCAUCAUCAAUUAAUAAUGAUAAACAACAAUCCAUAAUAUCUCAAUCAUUAAAUCAUAUUGAUCAAUUAUCAUCAUAUAUGUCAAAUGAUGAAAAAACUAAACGUUUAUCAAGAAUUAUCUCUCCAACACGUUUUAAUCAAGUAUUUAAUAAUAAUCAAUUAUCAGAAAAUCUUCAUUAUUCAUCAAUCGGUUUAUCAGUACCAAAUUCACCUGUGAUUAAAUCUCAAAAUCGUCAAUCACGAACACCAUUAAACUCAAUACCAAAUACGCCUCAUCAUUUAUUACCAUUAUCAUCAUCAUCAACAAUAAAAAAAUCGAAAAAUCUUUCCGAAUCAAAUCGUCCAACACGUCCAUCAAUUUUUCAACGUUUAUUUGGUUUACGUUCAUCAUCAAUUCCACCACAAUCAUUAAUACCAACUGUUAUUGAAUCUUCACCAUUAAUAUCACCAUUAACAGUUACAUUAGAUUCACAUGAUGAUCUAAUGCCAUUAACAACAAGUAGUACAGCAUCAUCAGCAUCGGGACGUGCUAGUUCAAGUGGUUAUGAAUCUAUGAGUAAUACAACAUUUGAAGAAAUGAUUUCAUCAAUACCAAUUAUUAUGAAUAAUGAAAAUAAUUCAAUUAAAUUAAGAAAUAAAUCAAUACGAAAAGAUGAACGACGUUCAAAUCCUAAUACAUCAUGGAAUAGUCCAAUUCUUCGUGAUAAAUCUCAUCGUCAACAACGUAUAUCACAAUUAAAACAUCGUCAAAAUGAAUUAAAACUUGAAUUAGCAAUGACAAAAACAUUUUUACUAAUGGAUAAAAAUAAAAAUUUUGAAUAUAAUGAUUCUUUUAAUUCCACAAUAAAUAAUAAUCCAAUCCAUACAAUUAUGUCAAAUACAAAUGAAGAAGAGGAACUUGAAAGAGACAUUGAACAUUUAGAAAGACGUUUAGCAUCAGCUAAAUCACUAUUAAAUCAUAGUACAUAUAAAAGAAAAUAA